GGCAGGCUGCGUUGUCGCAGGCCGAGCAAUCGAUGCGCGAGCAGACAAGAUGGCGGAGAAGGCGCAGAGGAGUGUGAAGAUUGCUCCUGGAGCUGUUGUCUGUGUGGAGAGUGAAAUCAAAGGAGAUGUGACAAUUGGGCCUCGGACAGUGAUUCACCCCAAAGCACGGAUAAUUGCAGAAGCUGGACCAAUAGUGAUUGGAGAAGGUAACCUCAUAGAAGAACAGGCAAUUAUUAUUAAUGGCUAUCCUGAAAAUAUUACCCCGGAUACAGAGGAGGUGGGAGCCAAACCAAUGAUCAUCGGCACCAAUAAUGUGUUUGAAGUCGGCUGUUAUUCUCAGGCAAUGAAAAUGGGAGACAACAAUGUAAUUGAGUCCAAAUCGUUUGUGGGUAGGAAUGUGAUCUUGACGAGUGGCUGCAUCAUUGGUGCCUGCUGCAACGUCAACACCUAUGAAGUCAUCCCUGAGAAUACGGUGAUCUAUGGAGCUGACUGCCUUCGUCGAGUGCAGACCGAGCGACCGCAGCCACAAACGCUGCAACUAGACUUCCUAAUGAAAAUUCUGCCAAACUAUCAUCACCUUAAGAAGGCCAUGAAAGCAACUUCCACUCCUGUAAAGAGCUGAAGACCUCCCUGUGAGAUUAUGAAAAUUGCAAUGCAGAUGGUCUCUCCUACUUUCAGAACUUCGUGUCUGCAAGCACCAAUUAUUAUUUUUUUGCUGAGCUUACUCAUUCCAUUGUGCUACUUAAUUUUAUUUAUUAAAACCAUGAAAGAUAAA